GUUUCAGACGUACUAUUAUCCACAAUAACAACGUGACGUGUUUAUAUUUCCCAAUCUAUCAUGUACUUAGAAGAAAGUAAACAGUAUUUAGUUAGGACGAUACAAAACGCAUGGAAUUGUUUAUUUUACACCAGCCUCUUUUAACAGAACAUUCACACUAUAUGGACUAAAUGACUAAGCGAAACCUGAAAAAAGCUCUAAAACACUUCGGAUCAAGGACUAGCCACAAUACAACUCAACCUGCAGGUUUUUUUAUUUGGACUCGUGGACACUAUGGUUUGAUGAGCACAUCUUAAAAUUGUUGUCCUUGAACAUUUAUAAUGGCCCUACGUGAUGGAUGGUCUAGUCCCUCUACUGUGGAGGAUCAGGAAGAAGAGGAAACACCACUGCUGCAGGAACCAGCAGAAAAAUGGACAGUGCCUCCUCAGUGCUGCUCUGCCAGAUACAACCUGGCCUUCAUGAUGUUCCUUGGCUUCGCUGUGGUGUACGGGCUCCGGGUUAAUCUCAGUGUCGCCAUGGUCGCAAUGGUCAAUACAACUGGUAUGCAGCCAUUGUUCAAUGGCAGUGAAUCAAAGGAAUGUCCAGCAUCAUCUAUUACCUCUAACAGCAGCAAUGAUAUCCCGGAUCAGCCAGAUGGGGUACCAAGAUACCCAUGGAAUCCUCAGACUCAGGGAAUGCUGCUGGGUGCAUUCUUCUUUGGGUACCUUUUCACCCAAGUCCCAGGUGGCUACUUGUCAGGUCGCUUUGGUGGGAGUAAGUUCCUGGGAGGAGGUGUUUUGGGCACAGCGGUCCUCACUAUCCUUACUCCUCUGGCUGCUGAGCUCGGGAUCAAAUGGCUGUUUGCUCUAAGAGCCCUGGAGGGUUUUGGAGAGGGUGUGACAUUUCCUGCCAUGAUGGCUAUGUGGGCCUGCUGGGCACCUCCAUUGGAAAGAGCUCGUCUGAUGACUAUCUCAGGGGCAGGAGGAAAUUUCGGUGCUUUCAUUGCUUUCCCUCUUACAGGCUUCAUAUGUCACAAUCUAGGCUGGCCUGCAGUCUUCUAUUGCUGUGGGGGCGCAGGAUGCCUUUGGGCAGUAUUGUGGUUCAUCAUGGUGUCAGAUGAACCUCACACACAUCCAAGAAUAAGUGACAGAGAAAGAGAAUACAUUAUCAACUCUAUAGGCUCAGAGGGAGGUUCUCAUGGUUGGUCAGUGCCGGUGUUGCCCUUGGUGUGCUCAGGCCCUCUCUGGGCCAUCAUCAUCACACAGAUGUGUUCUAACUGGUCUUACUACACUCUACUUACCUCUCUGCCUACCUACAUGGACACAGUGCUGCACUUUGACCUGCGUCAGAACUCCUUCCUGUCUGCGUUACCCUACUUGGGCGGCUGGUUGUGCGCUGUGCUCUCAGGUGUGUGCGCGGACAAACUUUUGGAGAAGGAGAUGCUAAGUGUAACGUCUGUCCGGAAAAUCUUCACUUUUGCAGGCUUGGUCAUCCCAGCAGGAUUCCUGGUUGCUGUUGGAUUCUCUGGGUGCAGUGGCAUCCUCGCUGUUACCUUUCUCACACUGUCCAUCACUUUCGGGGGCAUCAGUGCAGCUGGAGUCUUCAUGAACCAGAUUGAUAUUGCUCCUCAGUAUGCUGGCUUUCUGCUUGGGAUCAUCAACACUUUUGGCACUAUCCCAGGAGUACUUGCACCAGUGAUAAUGGGUCUACUUACCAAAGAUCAUACUCUGCUGGGCUGGAGGAACGUCUUCUACUUGUCAGCAGGAGUGAGUGUAUUUGGAGCCUUAUACUUCACACUGUUUGCAAGUGGAAAGAUCCAAACUUGGGCACUAAAGGACAAAGAAGAGACAGUUAGAACGCAGUAAUCCUGUUUUGCACAAUAUUCUAAUGAUUUACUUGAACGCAUGAUUUUUAAAUGACUUUUAAUAUUUUAGGUUCUUAAUAUAAUUUAUGAAAAGCAUCAUAAGAAGAGAAUAAGGGAUAACAGUUUGUAUAUUUGUAUAUGUGGUUAAUCUGAAAAUAGGGACCAUUCCAUGGAAAUAACUACUGCCUCAUAUAAUUCUGUAAAGCUGCUACAUUUUAUUUGACUUAAUAGAAAAUCUCAAAAAAUCUUCAUAAAACACCAGGACCACCUUCACGGUGUGCGCAGAUUCUUACGUCUACAUAGUGCCAUUUUUCUAACCAUUUUGUUUACUUCAACGAUUUAUACACACCGAUAGAAACAUAUACUUUUCUUAUUCUCCUAUGUUUUUUUUUUUUUACAGUUUUUAAAAAUGUUUAAUAUCUAAAUGUUUUAAACCAUUGAAUACAAUAAUUGUAGCAUUAAAACAUUGGAAUUUUUAUACGGUUUUACAUACAACUUUACAUACAACAAGUUCUAUUUUACAGAUCCAGUUCAUGGAAACUGAACUAAUUUUUUAGUAAAAAAAAUUAGUAAUUAGUAAUUGGGAGUAAUUGGUACUGCAUCAUGCCUUGUGGUAAAUGUAAAUAACCGAAAGGUAAUAAAGAAACGACUCAUACUGUGAGCUGGUAUUAAUUUGUUUCCUGUAAUGUAGCUAAACAUUUUCCAGUUAAUUGUAUCAUGCAGAAAAAGAAAGUGUUAAGUAUUCAGUACAUGAGGGCACAUGGCAUGUUAAUCAAUCUGUUCUAGUCAAAAGUAGUUAUAGAUUCUGUGGCUAUAACAAUGAGUUGUUUUGUAAUACAACAGAUGUCUAUUUAUGUUUGUUAUGUUGGUAAACCAAACCUUUUAGCGGUGUAAAAGCUGAAGAACGUGAAGACGUGUUACGCACAUCAUACUGUACGCCGGCUGCAGUAUAAAUACCAUUAUACUGUUAAUUAUACAAUUAUACAAAAAACAUUAUACUAACUAAAUUGAUUAGUACUCCUAGUCUAAUUACUGAUAUUGCUUUUAUAAUUAUAUGCAGUUAUAUUCAUGAAGCAUUUUAAUGAAUGCUUUAGCAGCCACAAAAAAUUAAGAAGGCUAAUAAGUAAGCAUUAAGGAAGUCUUAAUAAAGCAUUUUUUUAUGUACAUAAUUAUAAAUGUUAAAAGAACGUUGCAGAAAUGUGUGUGAAUUGAGAUUUUUUAAAUUGAAUUCUGUUGUGAGUGACAUUGUAUUGAGUACUAGCAAGUCCCUGUCUUAAGGUGAUGAGAUAGGAACAAACUUAUUAGAAGAGCACAAUACAUACUGAUUCACACCUGGGGAACAGUUUAUCUUAGCCAAAGCGGAUACUAUCACACUUGCAAAUUUUAAUAUAAAUUUCAUGUAAUUCUAUUAUUUUAUAUUUCUGUGUUGAAUUGAAUUGAAUUUGGGAUGAAAUCAGAAAUCCUGAAAAAAAAAAAAAACCCACAUGGACAUGGGGAGAACAUGUACAGAAACUUUGCCCAGACAGUUGACCGAGGUCAGACAGCACCUACACCGCAUACUGAAGGUGUAUUAUUACCCUUUUACCACAGAUUUUUGCCAACAAUUUUUUUUUUUUUUUCAAAUUAAAGAGAGACAGGUUAUUAACUCCAAACAGUCACUCUCUCACCAGUCUCUCUAUCUUGAAAACAAAAACAAAUGCAGAUUGGCAUGCUGGUUCGAAACCACUAAACCCUCAUUCCCAAGGACUUACCCAUGUCAACAAACUUAAAACUGACUGUUAAAUAGAGCUAACAAUGAAGAGCCCUACCAAAACUGCUAAAUAACUUUGUCCUGACAGAACUCUUCACCAUAUUAAUGAUUACAUGUUUUUAAAAUAUGAAAGCAAUAGCACAGUGAGUACAUUAAUAUAAGACCUUCCAGUCUGUCCUAGCUGUGCACAGCAGUAUAAGGGGUCAUAACACGUACAACACAAAGGCAAUUGUCAAAACUAUUUAUU